AUGUCCGAUAGUGUCGAGGUCGGAACUGUGAAAACGCAUUCAACUGAAAAGGAAUCGUCACAGUUGAGUGAGAAAACUAAAGCAACUGUGGUCAGCGACACGAAAAAAACGUCAAAAGAAGAUGAUUUGAAGAAAAUGCCAAAGCCAAAGGUUUGUUUCGUCAUGAUUGGAUCAGUCAUUCGUGUGUAUGUGUGUGUGUGUGCUUUAAUGUUGCUUAAUGACCAGAAAAGAAAGCUUUUUCGUGCUAAUAUCGUAAUUACAUAUCGUUUGUUAUGUAUUCAUCGUAACUGA